UUUACUUAAUUAUAAUUCCCACUCAACUCCCACUGCCACUUUAUUUCUCUCACUCAUUCUUUCCUUCUUUCCUUUACUGACAAUCAUAGGCACCACCUCUCUCUCUCUCUCUCCCUCUGUCUCUCUCUAGCAAUAUAAAGAAGAGGCGGUGGAGGAGGUAGAUAGCCAAGCGAGCAUGAACAUGAAUCCACAAGAUAUAUGUGACAGUGGCCUCUCUCUGGGGCUGGGCAUUGGUCCAACGAGCACGGCGUCGGCAGAGCACCGUCGGCGACGAAAGUCCAUCUCGCCCUGCAGGAACUUGAUUCCUGACAAGCCAUCCCUCACCUUAAGCCUCUCCGACGAUGUCUACGGUGGCUUGCCCAUGCCGAAGGCUGAAACCAACAGGGCGAGAGAGGCGCCGCUGUCGUCUCCUCACAGCGCGGCCUCGGCCUUCUCUGCUGCGCACGAGAUGAACCUUAAGAAGGAGAAGGAUGCCGGAGGUGAGGAGGUGGAGGUGGAGGUGGAGAGAGUUUCUUCGCGUGGUAGCGACGAGGAGGACAACAGCAGUGCCAGGAAGAAACUUAGGCUUACCAAGGAGCAGUCUGCCCUGCUCGAGGACAGGUUCAAGGAGCAUAGCACUCUUACUCCCAAACAAAAGCAAGCCUUGGCCAAGCAAUUGAAUCUCCGGCCCCGGCAAGUGGAAGUAUGGUUCCAGAACAGGAGAGCAAGGACGAAGCUGAAGCAGACCGAAGUAGACUGCGAGUUGCUGAAGAAGUGCUACGAGACGCUGACCAACGAGAACCAGAGGCUACAGAAGGAGCUGCAGGAGCUGAAGGCGCUCAAGUUCGCGCCCCCGCUGUACAUGCAAUUCCCAGCGGCCACCCUCACGAUGUGCCCGUCAUGCGAGAGGAUCGGCGGCGGCGGAAGCAGCAUCACGGACAACAGCUCCAAAGCCGGCGGCGCUGGACCGGUUGUGGUGCCACCAAAGCCCGGUCACUUCUUCAAUCCCUUCACCCAUUCAGCAGCAUGUUAGCUUAGACCGCCACACGCCCACCCUCCUUUGUUGCAAGGGAGCUUGGAAGGAGAUAUCUUUCAGCUGACUUUGGUUUCACAAUAUCUCACAGUCUAGGGAGAAAAGAUAGGAGAAUUCCCAUUACUUGUUGAUGUUCAAAGAUCUCUACAUAGUUAGUGCAUCUCCUUGUGGUGAUUUAAGUGCUUGAUUACUGAGCUGUACAGAAGAAAUAUAUUUGGAACUCCAUUGACCUGUUCUUUUUCUCUGUGUAA